AUGGGAGAAGACGAAGAAAAUGCUACAAAGAAGAAAAAGAAAAAUGCAUCCAAAUAUAAUUAUACGUUUGGUGAUGGUUAUCCAGGAGUCACGAUCGGGCAUAAGACAUGCAACCCGUUCCAGAAGCCGGGCUUUCAUGUGCCCGCCGAGAUGGGAUGGCUAUGGAAUGCACCGGAUGUGCCCGGGUUGAAGCAACGUCGUGGGUGGCAACCUGGCGUUGUUGGCAAGAGCGUGGCCAAAAUGAUGACGUUCAAAUGCACAAAAGGUGGACAGGACAAAGAUAAGAGUAAGAAAAAGAAAAAGAAGGGAAAGAGACUCGGCACGGACACAGGGGGAGGUGAUUCAGAGCCUGACGAGCCGCUGGAGCCGAAGCCAACGUUAAAAGUGCAUAGAAAAGGAGAUGUGUUCACUAUACAGGUAAAUCCGUUGAAGGAUUUAACAGACAUAGAUCCGAACGAAGAUCCUUAUGUCGACUGUGAUCCUAUGGUGUUCAAGAUAAUCAAAAAGCGAAGUCCCGAAGAACAAGCAAAAGUCGAGGCCCGCAAAAUGGUAAAACUCAAAAAGCAAAGAGACGCAGAAAUAAGAAAAGCAUUGGCCGAGGCCGUUGAAGAUAUUUGUAAAUGCGCGUAUAUGGACGUUUAUUGCAACGAUUUGACUGCAAUAGAUAAAGUAAUAGAUAGCUGUCCUGCGUUUAAAGAACCCGAGUGUAUUUGUAAAGAAGAAUCAUUGAGCUCGCUUUCCAGUAACGCUACUUGGGAUAUAGAGUAUACCCCACCUUUUGGUUGCUUCGACCUCUCGCCGCGAAAACGCCAAAAUUUAAUUCAUGUGGAAACGCAAUAUAUUCCCGCAGACGCUGGUAUAGUGGAGCCAUCUACUAUGAGUAAAAAAUCUAGUACGUCGAUAAAGCCGAAGAAGAAAUCAAAAAAGGUUUGUGGACCGUGUCCGACGUGA